ACGUGCGAGAAGGAGGCCGAGCCAGGCCGGGAAGGAGGAGGAGCAGCGGCAGCAGCGGCAGCAGCCCUCCUCUCCCCACUGCCGCCCGGAGCACAGCAGAGCCGAGCCCAGCCGAGUUGGCGGAGAGUAUCAUCCAUUCAGAUGCACUAAACGAAAGAUGCAAUUUUUGGACAAAACAAAGGAUGACACGAAAAAGAAAGCUGCACGAUCACUGUUCUUGUUUUCGUUUUCCUUUCGUUUCGAGCUGCAUAACAAUAGGCAGGCUCUAAUAUCCUGUAUCCAGAAACGCUAACAUGCUGCCAGAGAAGGACCCCCGAAAACAAGGGGAGAAGGAUCCCAAAGAAGACCCCUCAGUCACACUCUUCCGGGAAUAUCUGAGAAUCAAGACGGUCCAGCCUGAGCCAGAUUAUGACACAGCUGUAAAAUUCCUGGAAAGAAUAGCUUCUGAACUUGACCUGCCAUGUCAGAAGGUGGAGGUCUGCCCUGGCCGAGUGAUCACUAUUCUCACUUGGAAAGGCACAAAACCUCAGCUUCGCUCCAUCUUGCUGAAUUCCCAUACAGAUGUCGUGCCAGUGUUUGAGGAAUUUUGGCACCAUGACCCUUUUGCAGCCUUCAAGGAUUCUGAGGGAAAUAUCUUUGCACGGGGGGCCCAAGACAUGAAAUGCGUCUCUAUCCAGUACAUUGAAGCUAUCCGGAGACUGAAAGCUGAAGGAAGACGUUUUCCAAGAACGAUUCAUAUGAGCUUUGUUCCAGAUGAAGAGAUUGGGGGUUACAAGGGAAUGCAAAUGUUUGUGAAGCGACCUGAGUUUGCCACACUUAAUGUUGGCUUUGCCUUGGAUGAAGGCCUGGCUAAUCCAACAGAUACUUUCACUGUAUUCUAUGGCGAAAAAUGCCCAUGGUGGAUUAAAGUGAAGGUAGAAGGAAAUCCAGGACAUGGAUCCAGAUUUAUUGAAAACACGGCUGCUGAAAAGAUGCACAGAGUGAUCACUUCCUUCCUAGAAUUCAGGGAGCGUGAAAAACAAAGGUUGAAGUCAGAGAAGCACCUUACUUUAGGCGAUGUCACUUCGCUCAACCUGACCAUGUUGAAUGGGGGCAUCUCCUUCAAUGUGGUCCCCUCUGAGAUGUCUGCAGCUUUUGAUAUUCGCAUCCCACCCACAGUUGAUUUAAAGGCAUUUGAAGAGCAGGUCACAGCCUGGUGCCGGGCAGCUGGUGAAGGGGUUACCUAUGAGUUCCACCAGAAAUACACGGAUCAGUCGAUGACCUCCACAGAGGAGUCUGACCCCUGGUGGAAGGCGUUCAGUACCACCUGCAGGAACAUGAACAUGAAACUGAAGUGCGAAAUCUUCCCAGCUGCCACAGAUAGCCGCUACAUUAGAGCAGCAGGUCACCCGGCGAUUGGCUUCUCCCCCAUGAACCGCACUCCUGUGCUGCUGCAUGACCACAAUGAGUUCCUGAAUGAGCAAGUCUUCCUCCGAGGGAUUGAAAUCUAUGCCCAGCUCAUCUCUGCACUUGCCAAUGUCCCUCAGCUCCAAGCAGAAGCUUGAGAGUGAAUAAGCAGAUGGGCAAGAGAGAAACCAAAGAGAAAGACAGAUAGACUGAAAGCCUCUUCUGUUUGCUUCCCGUUGUAACACAAUACCCUCCCUGGGGGCAUGCAGGCCUUGAAUGUUAUGAUUGAGGGCUGGUGACUUGCUGAAAUUUGGUGGAAUACCAAUACUGAUUGUGGAACAUCCUUGAGUGGCCCGUCAAGGGCAAAGCAGGCUAAAACCUGACACUUGUACCAGCACACCUAAAACAGGGUUCUGUAGGUAUCAGUGACUGUUUUUCCACUCCUCACUCAUCAGAUGCCAUUAGUGUUUCCACACUUUGUGCAGGAAGGGCACCCAGCUCUCUUUCAUCAACACCUGUCCUUAUUGAAAACAAAAGGAUGUUUUUUGUGGCUCCUUAAGUGCCAGGCUUGAAGGAGUUCACCACACCGAGAUUUCCCAGGGUAUGUCACAAAGUGUCACUGCUCUAUCGCUGAUCUACCCUUCAUUCUGAGAUUCUUCUUGUUCCUCCUGCCCUCCAAUGCUCACAGCAAUAAAAGCACCCAUACCCCACUGCCAAACCCAAGGGCAAAGCAACUGGAGGAGCAGGAGAAGACCUGGCCUCCGAGCAUAAUUGAGCUCUCCUAGGAACCUUGUCUUGAAGGGGUGACUGAGGUUCAUCCCUUGCUGCUUUGCUGGCUUUCUCUGCUUUGAGACAAUCCCCAUUCUGCUGUCUUGGCUCUUGUGUGGGAUCCGGGCAUUAUGAAAAUUUCAGGUCCACUGUCAUAAGCUUAGGAAGUUGGGGAGAUCUCUGUUUCACUUUGUAUCUUUGUUCCUCUGUAGAGGGGCAUGAAUUGUGAGCAGUGGUCCUUUGCAAUGUGAGAUCCUCUGGUGGAAAAUGAGCAAUAGCUGAAGGGGAAUUUAAUAAAGAUAUUAAUAACCCUGAGUUAGAGGAAGGCAGAUUUGAUAUGGAAGGAAAUAACGAAUAUGGCCUUACUCGGAGUCUUUCUUGCCUCCACCGUGACUGAAAUGCAGGGGGGGCACUAUCUCCAUGAAUUUUUAUUUCUUGGAACUGAGUUGUAGAGGUGCUGGCUGCAGCAUGCUGCCUUAAUUUUCUAUUGAAUUGAAGUCUUAAAAAAUCACUGUUGAUGAAUGAUAAAACAGGUAAAGAGUUAAUAGGACAGCCAUCUUUUGUUCUGCAAUAAUGCCCCUGGGCAUCGUGCUACCUGAUGACAUACAUUUUUGGAGGUGGGGAGUGCAGGGUUAAAAUGAAAUCUUGGGCCACUUUUUCUUGGUCAAUUCACCUCCUUAGUCAAAACAUUUUUGUAUUUGUCUCCCCGGGAUCUCCCUCCUCCCACAUAUGCAAAGGGGCAAUUGUUCCCAUGAAAGGGAUUGUGGCCCAGCCUUAAAUAAGAUGGUUCGUUUGGACUGGAAAUAGAGCAUCGUCCAAAUGUUCUGUGUUUUAUUUCAAAUCUGCCUUAUCCUUGCUCCCCCAUCCCAAAGUAAACCAGCUUCUUGUUUAGAUGGACUAUAGUUACAGUCCACACACUGCUGGCGUACAAGGCCAUUCUUCAGCUACAGUUACUUUCUAAAAAUUCACUUUCUGCUUAACAUUGGAUUAUUUUAUCUGAGAUUAGCUUAGACAUUUCCUAGAAAUUCCCUUUCAGUUGCAAAAAUACUGCAUCCAAUAUAUAGAGAGGAGGGGAUUUAUGCUUUUUGUCUUCUUAUUUACUUCAUUUGACUGGGGAAAGACACGAAACAUUAUUUUCCCAGGUAUAACUGUAAGUCUUGUGUCUCCUGUAUAUCUGGAUGCCAGGACUGAUUUAAGAAUCAGGUUGCUUUUAAAUGGAGAAUGGGUAAGAUAUACCUUUACAGCACCUUUAUGUAUAUUUUGCUUGGAAUAAUUGUUUUGUUGUGUUUCAUGAGAUUUCCUUCCUCACAUGUAUUGGAUUGCAGCAUAUCCAAAUGCAAAAAUGUGGAUUUCUUAGAUAACCAAAUAAUAUUCUUUAUGAAUAAUACACAGUAGCAGCCUGCUGAUAAGAGCCUCCUGUGGGAAAGGAAAAGCUAGCUCUAUCUGAUGCAGUUUAAGCUUCUGGUGCUGUUUCAGCUGUUUUGAUAUUUGUCCUUAUUUGCACCUCUCACAUCAGUGCUUUGAAGAGUAAUUUGGAGGGGAAAUAAAUCCUUGGAUUCCCCAAACUGGUUGCUCUUACAGUUAUAGUCCAGAAAUGCAACUUUUCCAAGCUCUGUCUGAAAGGGUUGAUAAGAAGAAUAGUAGUUUCCUAUUUGAAUCCUAUCUCAAAUAAAUGGACUAGUCCAUUGCUGCUUAUAUAAGGCUGUAAACCCCUUGCUUGUUGCAUGGGCUGCACUGUAUUCUUAGUCAGCAAGAUCUGCCCAGAAGGACCUGGCUUUGCUGCACAGUGAAACAAUUCUGUCCUAAUUUGAGGUAGAAGUGCACACUUCGGUCCUUGUAGGCAGGGUGCAGUCGUGAUCCCUGCAUUGCAGAGGCUGCCAGAGAGAAGCCGCUCCCUGCAGCGAGGAAGAGGAGGGGCUGCCUGCAAGGCUGUGGUGCGUGGCCCACAUGAACUCUCAAUGGGCUCCUCCCUGUGUCUUACAUAGGCUGAAUAGGUAAUUCAGUAGGUCUAUUGAAUUUGGGUGACAUAAAGCAGAGGGUAUGUCCUGUUAAUUGGAAUCCUUAAAAGUUUAAACAUUAAAAGAUUCAGUACAUGCCCCAUUAAACUACUUGUUGGUCUGAGCUCAUAAACUUAUCUAUUCAGGACUUGGAAAUGUUACAUUUUAAUACAAUUCCCAGAAUCCAUCACCUAAUGGUCAUUGGCUAGCCAGGGGAUUUGGGAUGUUGCAUCCCCCCCCCCAACUAUCACUUUCUGGAUUUAUCUACCACCUAAUAAAUGCACACCCUUUCACAGGAAGAGAUCCCACAUCUGAACAAUUUUUAGCUUAAAGGAAGGGUCUUUAUCUCUUCAACACACAUCUAAAGAUCCACAUGGCAGCCAGACCAAACAGAUGCUGAUAGGUGAGAACAUGGAGAUAAUUAACACUACCAUUUUAUUCUUUGUUUUUCUGUCUUUCCUCUAGACCAGGCAUAGUCUUCCAGGUGUUUUGGACUCCCAUCUCCCACAAUUCCUAACAGCCGGCUGUUAGGAAUUGUGGGAGUUGAAGUCCAAAACACCUGCAGAGCCCAGGUUUGCCCAUGCCUGCUCUAGACUGUCGAUGGUCUUAUUUGUGGGGCAGGUUUGAAAGUUUUAACAACAAUUUCUGAUCUGUAGUAAUGUGCUCAGCUAUGCUUGUUAUCGAAAUGAAAAUAUGAUUGGUUUAAGCUUGGAAAUGCUAGAACAUUUUCAAAAUGAUUACUGUAGCUGUGAUCAAAACAUUAGAAAAAUACAAAUAUGAUUUUAUGAAAAACAUAUGAUUAUUAAAACACAUCCAGAUUUUUUGAAAUUGAA